AUGCACCUGUCCGACCCCCCUACCCUCCCCCUUAUCCUCUUCUCCCUCUCGCUCCUCGUCUACCAUGCCCUCGAAGUCCUCCUCGUCCUGUUCCACACGCCCGCCGAGUUCGACCGUUCCUCCUUCCUGUUCUCGCCGGCCUACGUCCUCGCCAUGACCCUCUCGCUGCUCGAGUACCUGCUAACCUGGCGUUUCUUCCCCGCCUUCAAAACCACCCUGCGUCUGCCGGGCCUUCUCCUAGGCGCCGUCCUAGCCUUCUCCGGCGACCUUCUGCGCAAGCUUGCCUGGCUCACGGCCCGCCACUCCUUCACCCACCGCAUCCAGACCACCCGCCGCCCGGCCCACGUCCUCGUCCGCAAGGGCGUGUACGCGUGGGCGCGCCACCCGGCCUACCUGGGCUGGUUCGUGUGGGCCGUCGGCACCCAGGUCCUGCUCGCCAACCUCGUCUCUUCCGUCGCCUUCGCGCUCGCCGCAUGGCGCUUCUUUCGACACCGCAUCCCCGUCGAGGAGCACUACUUGGUCCGCAUGUUCGGCCGCGAGUAUGAGCUUUAUCGACAGAACACUCCCACAAGAAUCCCCGGCAUCCCCUGA